CCCUUCCCAGCUGUUUCAUUGCUCGCCUCAUGCUGCGGCCGGCGCUGGCUGCUCUGGCUCUGGGCUGGGCGGUCGCCUGGCUGGCGGCUCGCGGCUUCGCUCCCUGGUGGUGGCUGGGGCGGAAUUGCAGCGGGGAAGCGGUCCUAACUGCCGCCGAGCUGAGCCGUUACACGGGCACAGAGGGAAGCCCGGGACUUUACCUGGCCGUGUUGGGACAGGUGUUCGACGUGCAGCAGGGGCGCAGGCAUUACGGCCCCGGAGGCGCUUACGGCUUCUUCUCAGGAAAAGAUGCCUCCAGAGCUUUUGCCACAGGUGACUUCACCCCAGCUGGCCUGGUAGAUGAUGUUUCAGGAUUGUCACCACCACAAAUGCUGGCCAUCCAGAACUGGCUUUCCUUCUACUGUAAGAAUUACGUGCAUAUCGGCAAAGUAGCUGGACGAUUUUACCAAGAAAGUGGGGAACCUACUAAGGUUUUGGAGGAGGCCCAAGCUCUCAUUGAAGAAGGGGAGAAGCUGCAGGCUGAGGAGGUUGAGCGAAAGAACCAGUUUCCACCCUGUAACUCUGAAUGGAGCUCAGCUACGGGAAGCAGGGUCUGGUGUUCCAAACAGAGUGGAGGCAUCAGCCGAGAAUGGUCUGGUGUACCAAGGAAGCUAUAUGAACCCGGAUCCAGUCGUAGCCAUUGUGUUUGCAUAAAGACAGAAGAGCUGUUUCCUGGGCAAGAGAAAUCCACCCAGCUAAGCAACCAAGGAAAGUUGAACAAUCCUAACCUUCAGGAAUAUGAAGGGUGUCCCCCACUUUCUGAAUGGUGUGCUUUGAAAGAAUGAGUCAACUGUACCACACUGGAGAUUAAACACUUCUACACAACCCAGUUAUUAAAGGAAGCCACUCUUGAGGAAACUUAACUAUAUAUUUUGACACACUGUCCUAAACUAAAAUUACAGCUUGCAAAACCUGAUUUGCAGUUAAAAGUUGCCCUUUAAAAAUAUAGGUUUGUAAAACAUAAGGUAAGAAAUAGCAAUGGAGAGAGCGCUUUAAAUAUUGUGUUUAAAACCAUGGCAGUUGAUGACGUGCUUUUCUAAGCGGAGGAUUCUAGCAAUGGAGGAAGAGAGAUCCAUUGGUCCUGAGGAAUGGAGGUGUAAGACGGGCUCCCAUCACCUGCUUUAUAGAUCAUUGAUACCAGCAUUUGAACCAGAAGCAUAUGGGUAAACCACGAUUUGUAACUGGUCACUUACGAGUUACAGUAGACCUACCCUGGGGCUAUGACAACUGAAAUUUGGGUGCUCAGCAGUUGGGCAAUAUUUAUGGCCAUUUGCAGUGUCCUUUGGUCACCUGACCAUGUUUUACAACCAUUUUGCCAAAAACUGGCAUUUACUUCCUGUUUUCAGCAAAAUGCACCCAUAGCGAACCAUUGGUUUCCAGAGAAUAUAAAAUCAGGUCAGUCAUGACACCAACCUAUUUUAUGAUUGUCACAAUUUAUGACCUUGAUGGGCAGGCUAUUACUGUUGUAAAUUGAGGACUACCUGUAAUUGAUUUUCUCUCAUAUAAAAUGGCUGUAUUGAUACAACAAGGCAAAAAUAAAGGUUUUCCCAUUCAUGUUCAAUUCUAGGGGUGGUGCUCAUCUGUUUCUUAGCCAAGGGAGUCACCUUUGAAGAUGUUUCUGUGAUCACAUGGCCAGCAUGACUAUAUGCCGAGGUGCAUGGAACUCUGUUACGUUCCCAUCAAAGUGUACCUAUUUAUCUACUUGCAUUUGCAUGCUUUCAAACUGCGAGAUUAACAGGAGCUGAGACAAGUAACGGGAGCUCAUCCCAUUGCGUGGUGCUCAUUCUUGAAGGGGGCUUUCAGAUUUCUAGCUGACACGCUCACGGUCUUUAACCGCUCAGCUAUCAUGCCUUAUUUUGAUAUAACAUGCAAGCUAAAAUAUUGGAUCUGCACAACACGAGUUCUAAACUGAUCAUUUUAUAAACCAUAUUUAAGUAAUAACUGGAUUCACUCUAAGGGAGUCGCUGUGCUCAGCGGUUAAAGACGCUGAGGUUGUUAGACAGAAAGCUGACAGCCUGAGUUCAAGAACUGCGCGCUACGUAACAGAGUGAACUCCCGUUACUUGUCCCAGCUCCUGACUACCUAACAGUUUGAAAGCAUACAAAUAUGAGUAAACAAACAGCAUUCCAUGCCCGUCAGCAUACAAUGAGGCUGGCCACGUGACCAGAGAAAUCUUCGUAGAACCCUAGCUCCCUUGGUUAAGAAACGGUCAUGAGCACCGUCCCCUCGGAUCAGACACAACUGGACCGGGGAAACAUUUACCUUUAUCUUUGGGUUAACCCUGCUAAAUUAUGGUUUGUUAGAUAACUUAAAGAGUUUAAUGUUCUUGAUGCUCUUCAGUAAACAUGCCUAUUAAACUCCCAUUUGAUGCGUUGUAUUGUUUCCCAUCUGGCUUAAUUUACUACUUCAGAUUAUGGUUUGUAUUAACCAUCAGAUGAACCUAUACUUAUGAUCUUGAGCAAAUUGUAAUAUGAACAGAUCUAAAAGAUACCGGCUCGAUGAAGUGAAAAUUUAAAAAUAUUAUUUUCUGGAUAAAAUUGGGCCUCACUAGUGUCAGUAUUUAGUUUGCAGCAACAUAUGGUUCUUUUGCUUGACUUCUGUAACCAUGAACUUACUGGUGUCCAGUUCAAUUAAAUUGCUUUAUUAGAAGAAAUUACAAGUUGGUAUAUAAAUAUUAGAAAAAUACAUUGCUUUACAGGGCUUUCAAGGAAAGAUUAGAGAGUAAUAGUUUAAAAACGAUUAAGACUUGGUUUCUCAAACUAAGAACAGCUGAAAAACAGGCCAUAUUACUUGCAGAUGUUUAGUUUCCUGCUAUGAAAAUGGUAUUAGACUGCAGUAACCUCAGUCUGGUAGGGACAAGACUACAGUUUUGUACUGUCAAUCCAUAAGGAGAGCUAUGCGUUUU